CUCUUGACCUCGUGAUCCACCCGCCUCGGCCUCCCAUAGUGCUGGGAUUACAGGCUUGAGCCACCGCGCCCGGCCUACAACCAUAUUAAUUCUUAUAAGCUAUGGAUUUAUUAUGCUCUUUAAAACAAUAUAUGAUGCUGGUCACUACUAUAAAUGUAUGGUUUUAACCAACUGUACUGUGAAACAGCCUUUGAGUUAAUAUUCUGUUUGGAUAUUUUAUGGAAGUUAACAAGAAGUGCUCUCAGAGUAUUUGCUUAGAAGCCGGCUGUAUGAGUGGAUAACUUUCAAAGCUGCCUUUCAGAGGCCAGUGUCCGGCAUUUCCUGCAUUGUGGCCUGGAGGCUGGAUGUGAAUCUGACUUCUAGUAAAAUUACACGGUUCCUUUGACAAAGUCCAGCUGUUUAUCCCAGAGACUGCACAAUUUUCCGUUUAUACGCAUGGGCCAAUGCUGACUGGAAAUCAUUGCAAAAAGCUUUUCUAUCAGGUGUGGGGUGUGAUGUUGAGCCAAACUGUGCAACAGAAGAAAUUGGAAGAAAUUAAAGUACUGUCCGGGUGCGGUGGUUCACGCCUGUAAUCCCAGCUACUCGGGAGGCUGAAGCUUUUUUUUAGACUUUUCUGCUUGUUCCUUACUCUUGAAAAGGUCUGCCAUCCAUUAUUCAAGAAAGCCCUUUAAGAGGGUUUGAGGUGUUUUAGCUGGGUUUGUGCCAAGUUUCCAUUUUAUUGGCUUGCUGAAGGACUGUAUUUAAAAAUGCCCACAAUUCCGAGCAAGAAGCAGGUCCCGCCCCCUCUGCUGACGUCACACCUGCAGAUUGGCAGAUGGAGCUGUGGGCGCGGCCGGAGUUGAGCGGGAACCCGAGACCUGGCAGUCGCCAUGACUGGCUGUCAGGCGUCAUCAAGACGCCGAGGCUUCGGUCUCUUUUUCUUGCCUCUACGCUGCUUCCUGUUGUUUCUGGUUUUGCUUAGGACGCUGGCCUACAAACUUAACGUGCCACAGGUGUUGCUACCCUUCAGCCAGGAGUCAGGCCGGGAGCCUUUCCUGCUGGAGGCCCAGCGGGGCUGCUACACUUGGCAUUCCACCCAUCAUGAUGCAGUUACUGUUGAGCCUUUAUAUGAAAAUGGCACCUUGUGUUCCCAAAAAGCUGUACUCGUUGCAGAAUCUACCCAACCGAUACGCCUCAGCAGUGUUAUUCUUGCUCGAGAAAUAGGUAUGUUGAGAGUAAAAACACUAUCACUUCAUCUGGGAGGAAAUACUUUUAGUAGUUUGGCAGGGAUGAUGUUUGAGUGGAGCAUUGCCCAGGACAACGAGUCAGCAAGAGAAGAACUGUCUAGUAAAAUUAGGAUUCUUAAAUACUCUGAAGCAGAAUAUUCUCCCCCAGUAUAUAUAACUAAGAUGGAAAAAGAGGAGAAACAAGGAGAUAUGAUUUUAGUGUCCGGGAUUAGAACUGGUGCUGCUGUUGUAAAAGUUCGAAUUCAUGAACCAUUCUAUAAGAAGGUGGCAGCAGCAUUGAUACGUCUGCUUGUUUGGGAGAAUAUAUUUCUUAUACCAUCCCAUGAUAUUUAUCUCUUAGUAGGAGCAUAUAUUAAAUACCAAGUUGCAAAAAUGGUUCAAGGGAGAAUGACAGAGGUGAAAUUUCCCCUGGAACAUUAUACACUGGAAUUGCAAGACCAUAGAGUUGCAUUUAAUGGUUCUCAUUCUAAGAAAGUAGCUUUACUGGAUGACAAAACAGCCAUGGUGACUGCCUUACAACUGGGCCAGACUAAUCUUGCCUUUGUCCAUAAAAAUGUUCAUAUGCAAUCUGUGUCUGGACUCCCAAAUUGCACAAUAUAUAUUGUAGAGCCUGGAUUUUUAGGUUUCACUGUCCAGCCUGGAAAUCGAUGGAGUCUAGAGGUGGGACAGUUGUAUGUCAUUACAGUAGAAGUCUUUGAUAGAAGCAGCACGAAGGUCUAUAUUUCAGAUAAUCUCAGGAUUACACACGACUUUCCUAAGGAGUACUUUGAAGAGCAACUAACUACUGUGAAUGGCUCUUACCACGUAGUAAAAGCCCUGAAAGAUGGUGCUGUGGUAAUAAAUGCAUCCUUGACCUCCAUCAUUUACCAGAAUAAGGAUAUUCAGCCUAUAAAAUUUCUAAUCAAACACCAACAAGAAGUGAAGAUUUAUUUUCCCAUCAUUCUUACACCCAAAUUUCUGGCAUUUCCUUAUCAUCCUAUGGGAAUGUUAUAUCAUUAUAAAGUACAGGUAGAGGGUGGCAGUGGCAACUUUACCUGGACUUCUUCUAAUGAAACAGUGGUCAUGGUAACCAUGAAAGGAGUGGUGACUGCAGGUCAGGUCAGGGGGAACAGUACUGUUUUGGCCCGAGAUGUACAAAAUCCCUUUCGAUAUGGAGAAAUUAAGAUACAUGUCCUGAAACUGAACAAAAUGGAACUGUUACCAUUUCAUGCUGAUGUGGAGAUUGGCCAGAUUAUAGAAAUCCCCAUUGCAAUGUAUCACGUAAAUAAAGAGACUAAAGAAGCUAUGGCAUUCACAGACUGCUCUCAUUUAUCCUUGGAUCUGAACAUGGAUAAACAAGGAGUCUUUACUCUUCUCAAAGGAGGUAUUCAAAGACCUGGACCAGUGCAUUGUUCCAGUAUAUAUAUGGCAGCUAAAUCACUCGGCCAUACUCUGGUAACAGUAAGUGUGAAUGAAUGUGAAGAGUACUUGGAGAGCAGUGCCACAUUUGCUGCUUAUGAACCCCUAAAGGCUCUAAAUCCUGUGGAAGUAGCAUUGGUGACAUGGCACUCUGUGAAGGAAAUGGUAUUUGAAGGGGGUCCUCAUCCAUGGAUCUUGGAGCCCUCCCGAUUUUUUUUUGAAUUGAGUGUGGAGAAGACAGAGAAGAUUGGAAUAGCACAAGUGUGGCUGCCAUCUAAGAGAAAACAGAACCAGUACAUCUACCGGGUCCAAUGCCUGGAUUUAGGGGAACAAGUUCUCACAUUCCAAAUUGGAAAUCACCCAGGUGUCCUGAACCCUAGUCCAGCUGUAGAGGUUUUGCAGGUUCGCUUCAUAUGUGCCCACCCUGCUAGUAUGUCAGUAACACCAGUAUACAAGGUGCCAGCUGGUGCCCAGCCAUGUCCUCUGCCACAGCACAACAAACAACUGAUUCCUGUAUCAAGCCUAAGGGACACAGUCCUGGAAGUAGCAGUGUUUGAUCAACAUAGGAGAAAGUUUGAUAAUUUCAGUUCACUAAUGCUAGAAUGGAAAUCCUCUAGUGAAACACUAGCCCAUUUCGAAGAUGAUAAAUCAGUGGAAAUGGUAGCAAAAGAUGAUGGCAGUGGGCAGACCUGGUUACAUGGUCAUCAGAUUCUUAAAGUACAUCAGAUAAAAGGGACUGUACUCAUUGGAGUCCAUUUUGUGGGAUACUCAGAGAAGAAAAGCCCAAAAGAAAUUUCCAACUUGCCCAUAUCUACAACUGUGGAGCUGCUCCUGGUAGAUGAUGUAACUGUAGUGCCUGACAAUGCCACCAUCUAUAACCACCCUGAUGUGAAGGAAGUAUUUACCCUUAUGGAAGGAUCUGGUUAUUUUUUAGUCAACAGCAGUGAGCAGGAUGUUGUCACCAUCAUUUACAUGGAAGCAGAAAGCUCUGUUGAGUUAGUUCCAUUACAUCCUGGAUUUCUUGCCUUGGAGGUGUAUGAUCUUUGUUUGGCUUUCUUGGGUCCAGCAACAGCCCAUCUCAGUGUGUCAGACAUACAAGAGCUGGAGCUUGAUCUGAUUGAUAAGGUUGAAGUAGGAAAAACUGUGUUAGUGACUGUGAGGGUUCUUGGCUCUUCCAAACGCCCAUUCCUAAAUAAAUACUUCAGAAACAUGGAGCUCAAACUGCAGUUGGCUUCUGCCAUUGUCACCCUGACGCUAAUGGAGGAACAAGACAAAUACUCUGAAAAUUAUAUCCUUCGAGCGAUCACUGUUGGGCAAACCACACUUGUGGCUAUUGCCAGGGACAAGAUGGGAAGAAAACACACAUCAGCUCCUCAGCACAUUGAAGUGUUUCCUCCAUUCAGACUUCUUCCAGAGAAAAUGACACUGAUUCCAACAAAUAUGAUGCAGGUAAUGUCUGAAGGUGGUCCCCAGCCACAAUCCAUCAUUCAUUUCUCCAUCAGUAAUCAGACUGUGGCUGUUGUUAAUAGGAAGGGGCAAGUUACAGGGAAGAUGGUUGGCACAGCUGUGGUUCAUGGCACCAUCCAGACAGUAAAUGAAGAUACUGGCAAAGUCAUUGUGUUUUCCCAGGAUGAAGUACAGAUUGAAGUUGUUCAGCUAAGGGCUGUUAGGAUCCUUGCAGCUGCAACUCGGCUCAUCACAGCUACCAAGAUGCCAGUCUAUGUCAUGGGAGUUACCAGUACCCAGACCCCUUUCUCCUUCAGCAAUGCUAAUCCUGGGCUCACAUUCCACUGGUCUAUGAGCAAAAGAGAUGUAUUGGAUCUAGUGCCCAGGCAUUCAGAGGUUUUUCUACAGCUCCCAGUAGAGCAUAACUUUGCCAUAGUUGUCCACACAAAAGCAGCAGGCCGGACCAGUAUCAAGGUCACUGUUCACUGCAUGAACAGUUCCUCUGGGCAGUUUGAGGGGAAUUUGUUGGAACUCUCUGAUGAAGUACAGAUCCUGGUGUUUGAAAAACUCCAACUUUUCUAUCCAGAGUGCCAACCUGAGCAGAUUCUGAUGCCUAUAAAUUCUCAGCUCAAACUCUAUACCAACAGGGAAGGAGCUGCCUUCGUGAGUUCUCGUGUUCUUAAGUGUUUCCCUAAUUCAUCCGUCAUUGAGGAGGAUGGUGAAGGGCUCCUGAAAGCUGGUUCCAUUGCAGGUACUGCUGUAUUGGAAGUCACUUCUAUAGAACCUUUUGGAGUCAACCAAACAACCAUAACUGGAGUCCAGGUAGCACCGGUGACAUACCUGCGAGUGAGCAGCCAACCCAAGCUAUACACGGCCCAAGGAAGGAUCCUGUCAGCAUUUCCCCUGGGCAUGUCUCUAACCUUCACUGUUCAGUUUUAUAAUAGCAUUGGAGAGAAAUUCCACACACACAAUACCCAGCUUUAUCUGGCUCUGAACAGAGAUGAUUUGCUGCUUAUUGGACCAGGGAAUAAGAACUAUACUUACAUGGCCCAGGCUGUGAACAGAGGGCUGACACUUGUGAGGAUUUGGGACCAGAGACAUCCAGGCAUGGCAGAUUAUAUUCCUGUUGCUGUGGAGCAUGCCAUUGAGCCAGACACCAAGCUUACCUUUGUUGGAGAUGUCAUCUGCUUCAGUACUCACCUUGUCACCCAGCAUGGUAUGUACACAUUCCCUUUCUCAACCUUACAACUGAAAGCUGUGGGGAUUAGAAAGCAGUUAUUAUCCUUUGGCCUGGUGGUGGUCAAUGCAUCAUCAAGAUUAAUGCUUAAUUAUGACCUCAACACUUAUCUCACCAAUACCGUCAAUUCAACUGUAUUCAAGCUUUUCAUCACCACUGGCAGAAAUGGUGUCAAUCUUAAAGGGGUUUAUGUCUGCAUAAUCAAGGUUCAACCGCAGUCAGAGGAGCUGCUACAGGCCCUCAGUGUGGCUGACACCUCAGUCUAUGGGUGGGCUACACUGGUCAGUGAACCUAACAAGAAUGGAAUGCAACGAAUCCUCAUUCCUUUCAUCCCAGCCUUUUAUAUUAACCAGUCAGAACUGGUUCUUAGCCACAAACAAGAUAUCGGGGAGAUAAGAGUACUGGGAGUGGACAGAGUUCUUGGGAAGCUAAAGGUUGUCUCCAGCUCCCCAGUUCUAGUGGUUGCUGGCCAUAGCCACUCUCCCCUCACUCCUGGCCUGGCCAUCUACCCUGUUAGAGUGGUCAACUUCACUUCCUUCCAACAGAUGGCAUCACCUGUUUUCAUCAAUAUUUCCUGUGUACUCACCAGUCAAAGUGAGGCAGUGGUAGUGAGGGCUGUGAAAGAUAAGUUGGGUGCAGAUCAUUGUGAAGAUUCAGGCAUCGUCAAGAAGUUCAGUAGCUCUUACCAGAUCCUGCUCUUGACCCUCUUUGCAGUGCUGUCAUCAACAGCUUUCAUCUUUCUAGCAUACAACGCCUUCCUAAACAAGAUACAAAGAGUUCCAGUUGUGUAUGUACCAACUCUAGGAACACCACAGCCAGGUUCUCUUAACACAAGUUCUCCCCCUCCCUUCAUGAGUCCACAGCCUCCGUCAGCCCAAAGUCGGCUGCAACAUUGGCUAUGGAGUGUAAGGAACUAACCUCUGCUUGGACAAGUUCCUAACUGUAGGGGAAUGAAGAUUUCUAGUCCUAGACAAAAACAGCAACUUCUACACUGUUUUCAGACAAGGCUUCUAAGAACUAUAAAGGACCCUAAGCUGUUUCUUAAAA